AUGCGGUCCACUCUCUUCGCUCUUGCUGCCUCUCUCGGCUCCGCUUCUGCACAUUACACCUUUCCUUCGCUCCUCUAUGGAGGUGCGACCACGACUGCGUGGCUCAAUGUCCGCCAAACGGAUAACUACCAAAGCAAUGGUCCAGUGACAGACGUAACAUCUGCCGCAUUCCGCUGCUACGACACCACAACGGGUGCGACGGCGACAACUUUGAAUGUCGCGGCUGGUCAAAGCAUAGGUUUCGUCGUUGGGGACGGCAACACAAUCUAUCACCCAGGCGUCGUGAACAUCUACAUGGCCCAGGUACCUUCUGGCUCCGAUGCGACUACGUGGGCUGGCGACGGCGCUGUCUGGUUCAAGGUCCACGAAGUACCGCCCAUCACUGAUGGCGGGAGCAGUAUCAGUUUCCCGGCGCAGAACGUGCCCAGCGUAUCCUUCACGCUGCCGAAGGCGCUUCCGAGCGGAAACUACCUGAUCCGCAUGGAAGCCAUUGCCCUCCACUCUGCAAGCACAUUCGGUGGCGCGCAGUUCUAUAUUUCAUGUGGCCAGAUCAAUGUCAGUGGCGGUGGUUCCGGUUCGCCAAGCCCGAAGGUCGCCAUCCCUGGUGUAUAUACAGGAAACGAGCCCGGAAUCCUGCUCAACAUCUAUUACCCCGUGCCAGCUAACUACACGAUGCCGGGCCCUGCGGUCUGGUCAGGCUAA